CAGGCCCCAGCAGCCGCCGCCUCCCCCUCCAUGGCCGCCGCUCUCGCCGGCUGCAUUGUGGGAAGCUGACCUCACUCGCUGCUGCCGCCGCCCCGCCGGCUCCGGCACUCGCCGCCAUGGGGGCCGUGACCGACGAUGAAGUUAUCCGCAAGCGGCUGCUGAUCGAUGGCGAUGGAGCUGGCGACGACAGGCGGAUCAAUUUGUUGGUGAAGAGUUUCAUUAAGUGGUGUAAUUCCGGAUCUCAGGAGGAAGGAUAUACCCAGUACCAACGAAUGCUGAGCACGUUAUCACAGUGUGAAUUUUCAAUGGGAAAAACUCUUCUGGUGUAUGACAUGAACCUGAGAGAGAUGGAAAAUUAUGAAAAAAUCUAUAAGGAUAUAGAAAACAGUAUAGCUGCAGCCCAUGAGAAGAUCUCUGAAUGCAAAAAACAAAUCCUGCAAGCAAAAAGGAUUCGAAAAAAUCGCCAGGAAUAUGAUGCAUUGGCCAAAGUCAUACAGCAUCACCCAGACAGACAUGAAACACUGAAGCAGCUAGAAGCUUUGGGAAAAGAACUGCAAAAUCUUUCUCACAUUAAGGAAAAUGUUGAAGAUAAGUUGGAGCUGAGACGGAAGCAGUUCCAUGUUCUUCUGAGCACCAUCCAUGAACUUCAGCAAACCCUGGAGAAUGAUGAAAAACUUUCAGAAGCUGAGGAAUCACAAGAAACUCAGAUGGAAGCAGAGGCCAAGCAGUAGAUGUCAUAUGAAGACUGACAAUUACUUCAUAUAAGUAUCUUCACUUUCUGUUGAGGUCAACAGUAAGAUUGAGCUGGAAAUUGUUUUCUACUGCUUCUGUGAAUUUUUAUACAUGUUUUGCAUAUGUUUCAGGGGAAAAGAGUUGCAGAUGUUUGCAGGCAGUCACUUGGUGAUAAUCCACAAACUUUGUAAUUUGUGACAAAUAUACUUUGUUUCACAAAGGAUGAAGCUUUUACACCAUACUUGUGAACUAAGGUGCUUGUAACACUUUGCCAAUAAAAGGUGUUUUCACAGA